ACCUGUUUGAAGGGGGUUUCCCAGCAAGCCUAUGCGACUAAAUCACCAGUUCCAAGAACUUCAUCAUUAUAUCACAUAUCUCAAUCGCUUAACUGCAGAACCAUGUCUUUUGAGAAAAAAUCGACGUUUUCUUCACCUUUAAAACACAGCACGAGGAAGGGAGGUGCAGUCGAACAAUGGGAAACAGAAUUGCUCAAAGCAUUCCAUGGUCAAAUAGAACGAAAACUGGUUGUCGAAGAUCAAGCUUUCACCAACUUGGAUCCCAGAAACAUGACCAGUGAGCUUAAAAGCACCCAGAAAAUGAUCCUUCGAACAGCCCAACAGGCUUCCAAAGAUGAAAGUAUCAUUCUAACAAGGUUUGAUCCAAAUUUCAUGUCUCCUCGCGAGAUACGCUGCAGGUCGCCUGGAUGUAAACAGACGAAGAAACGACAACCAUCUUUAACAGAACCCUCAAAGGAAGACUUGUACCUUUGCCCAAGACAUAGGAAGUUACUGGAAGACUAUGUGACGAAGAUUUGCGCUGAGAAGGGAAUAGAUGUAGGCACGAAGUAUCUUGCUGGAGAUUUCGAAGGAUACAUCUCAAUGAUAGGAAUGUUGGAAAGUGCUUACUUCCUGUUUGUGAAGCGACCAAGAGGCACUGAAAACAUUCUCAAGGGAAAGCCAGAGAUCCUCAAAGAGAUUUUCAUUAACUUAAGAAAUUUCUUGAUGAUCACAAAUGCCCUUUUGAAUCCUGGCUGGGAAAACCUGUUCACAGUGUUACCUAGAGUGAUGGAAAUAUUCAGGGAUAUCUUGAAAAUUUUGAGCACUGAUGGUGAAAAUAUUGUUCAGCGGUUGACCGAGUUGGUUGGUCUUUUGCGUUCCGUGAUGCAAGAUAUCCUCUUCACAUUUGGAAUUGUUUAUUCGUGGGUAUACUUGACCGUCAUAAAUGCUAACCCCGGUGCUAAGAUAGGAGCAGGUAUCGGAGGCUUCAUAGGAAUGGCUGGCCUCUUCGUUGCCAGUCCUCCUGUGGCCCUGCUGGCAAUGGCUGGCGGAAGUAUAUUUGGUGGCCUUACCGGAAGUGGGAUAUAUAAUCUACAGGAGCAAAGAAGACAGGAACAAGAAGCUGAGGAAAGCCAUCGCAGAUACCAGGAAUUUGUUAUUAUGCAAAGAAACCAAGAAAAUCAGAAUGAAGUCCAAGCGGGAAAUAACCCACAAGUAAUGGCUGAGCCCGAUGGUGGUGAUGUUCUAUUUCACAUUACUGGCAGUGAACGGGGAGAUUCGUGCUUGAUCAUUCUACUCGCCGCCAGGUUAUAUUUUGGCAUUUAAAACUAUCCCUUUUUAUUGAUAGCUAAACUUUCAUUUGUUUAAGGCUGGUAAUGUUUCACAUAUCAUAUACUUUCAUCAAUAAAAUAAUGGGCAUGCCCAAGGGAUUUGAAGGAGAGGGAUGGCUUUUCCAAUAUGAAAGUUGGCUACCUUGUAUACUUGAAUUGCUUAAAAGUUCAUAGAUAGUUGAACUACUAAAUCCAGCCCCCACCCACCGCUCCC